GCUUUCUUUAUUUAACAAAUUAGUACCAUAGAAUAGAAUAAUAAAAAUUAAUAAAAACUUUCAUUCUCUUUCUGUUUCUCUUUCUUUGCCAAAUCUGUCUCUGGGUAUCUUUGGAUUUUCAAUUUCAAUUCAGUGUUUUUUUCAAGGUUGCUUGUUGGAUGAUUGUGGGUUGGUAGCAGAGCAAUGAGCGGAGUUAAAAAGCCUACCUCAGCUAAUGGAAGAUUGAAGAGCCUGUUGAAUCAAACUGAUAAUCGCAUUUGUGCUGAUUGCAGUGCUCCGGAUCCGAAGUGGGCAUCAGCAAAUAUUGGAGUCUUUAUAUGCUUGAAAUGUUGCGGUGUGCACAGAAGCCUCGGUGCCCACAUCUCCAAGGUUUUGUCUGUGGCAUUGGAUGAAUGGUCUGAUGAUGAAAUUGAUGCCAUGAUUGAAGUUGGAGGAAAUUCCUCUGCUAAUGCUAUCUAUGAGGCCUAUAUACCUGAAGGUUGUUCAAAGCCUGGUCCAGAUGCUAGUAAUGGUGAACGAAGGAGAUUCAUCAGGGCCAAGUAUGAACUUCAAGAGUUUUUGAAACCUAGCUUGCGGAUCACAUCAGGGAAGAGUUCUGCUUCUAUUCGAUCAAGCUUUUCUAAAAGGAUUUUGGAUAGUUUCCGAUUAAAGCCAUCAAAGAAAUCGGAAGGCAUAGUAGAAUUUAUUGGGUUACUGAAGGUCAAAGUGGUAAAAGGCAUAGAUUUAGCCAUCCGGGAUAUGAUGACAAGUGAUCCUUAUGUUGUCCUGACUCUUGGGCAGCAGACUGUUCAGACGAGUAUAGUAAAGAGCAACUUGAAUCCAGUUUGGAACGAGGAACUCACGCUGUCCGUUCCUCACAAUUUUGGACCUGUAAAGUUGCAAGUAUAUGAUCAUGACACGUUCUCGGCUGAUGACAUAAUGGGAGAAGCAGAGAUCGAUAUCCAGCCGUUGAUAACAUCUGCAAUGGCAUAUGGGGACCCAGAAAUGUUUGGGAAUAUGCAGAUUGGGAAAUGGCUGAAGUCGCAUGAUAAUGCUCUUAUAGAGGACAGCAUCAUCAACAUUGCUGAAGGGAAGGUGAAACAAGAUGUGUCAUUGAAGCUCCAAAAUGUUGAAUCUGGAGAAAUUUAUCUGAAAGUAGAGUGGCUGCCUGUUGAUCAAUAAGUAUAAUCAUUCUUCCUCCACCAAAUAAUAUUGUUUGUUGUCCAUAUGGAGUGGAAGUGGAAACACAUUCUUCUCUUAUUUAUUGUAUUCAACUUCUAUGAAUUCAUUUUUCUUUUGCUAUAUUUGC